CGUACCGAUGUUUUGAAAGGUCAAAAUCAUUAAGGUCGCCAGAUGUCAUGCAGAAUCGGUACCAUACCAACGACAACCCGAGUACCGGAUCCACACACGAUCCCGACGAUGCCUCCGAUAGCUCCGAACAUGUGGUGGUGCCGACACGCGUCACCUUCACGGCGGAUCCCGAGGUUGUCGUCGUACAGAAGAAAUCCUGGACGGCACUGCAGCGCUCCUUGGUCAUGUGCCACGAAAUGGAGGUGUGUGGGAAGAUCACGCUGGAGAAGCUGGCCGAAGCUAGCACCAAGUUCCAACACAUUGAUGACUUCCAUUCCAAGAUGGAGCGCGAUCUGAUGGAGACAGCGGUGCAUCUGGACGAUAUGCAGAAAUGCUGCUUUGGACUGUGUACCAACCCGUGGGCGAAAAAGACCGCGCCGAUAGCACGGCAGGCGCUGGAAGAAACACUCGAUGAUAUGGUGGCGGGUAGAGCGAACAAUGAUCAAGUGACACCGACCAAUCAGCAACCGGGUGCCAAGGAGUUCCCCAAACUGGAACCGUUCAUGCUCAUCGCAAAUGACACGGUGGAGAAAGAGAUGGAGGGAUGUCUGGAUAAAAUGGACGGUUAUCUGGACAAGCUGGAAGAUAUGUCGGAGGACAUCGGCAAUCGGCUGAAUGGAGAGCGCCGGGUGAUCGAUGCGACGACGGAUGCCAUGGACAAGAAUAUCCUCCGGGCAACGCUGGCGAGAAAAAAGGCGUUGGCAACAUUGAAGGCGGUUUGAGAAACGCAAACCGCGAAAGCUUGCAUUUCGGAUAUUUUGCUGUCUGAUUGAUACUGUAUUUGGCGCUAUUUUAUUGUUUACAAAUUGUUACGAGUACAUGUUUCAAGUUUCGUCAUAUACUCAUAAGAUAUGAGGAGGCCGGUUUUAACUACAGUGUACAUGCAACAAGUGUUCCCGAGACGGUAUUUUCUGUACUUGAAGUAUAGUUCAUUUAUUCAUUACGUAAAAGACUUGCUGCA